GGGGGACCCGAGGUUCUGCAGCUCAAGACUGACUAUCCGGUGCCUCGGAUAUCCGAGGGUCAGAUCCUGGUGAAGAACAAUAUUUCCGGGAUCAACUACAUUGAUACUAAUUUCCGUUCUGGAUUGUACCCGUCCCCUAAGCCGGAAGUUUUGGGCCGUGAAGCAGCAAGUGUCAUUGUUGCCUUGGGUCCUGGCACGGAGCACCACGGUUUCAAAGUUGGGGACCGCGUUAUCUGGAAGAAUUCUACUUCCUAUGCAGAGUACUCUGCGGUUCCUGCAAUUAAGGCCGUAAAGAUUCCCGAUAAUGUCUCUGACGAAGAUGCGGUUGCCACUUCGAUUAGUGGCUUGACCGCACUGGCUCUCAUUAUGGAGACGUACCCUGUUAAGAAAGGUGAUAUAAUUCUAGUUCAUGCGGCCGCGGGGAGCGUUGGUUUUCUGAUGGUCCAGCUUCUGAAGCUGCUCGGAGCGGUUGUCAUCGGUACGGCGGGGGGACGAGAAAAAGUCGACUUGGUGAAGAGCCUAGGUGCGGACCACGUCAUUGACUAUCGAAGCGAGGAAGACAAAGACUGGGUGAAGGCGGUCAAGAAAAUUACGAAUGGCCGUGGGGUUGAUGCGGUCUAUGAUUCAGUCGGCAAAGAUACGUGGGAGGGCAGUAUUGACGCGGUCAAAAAGAAGGGGUUUAUUGUCUGGUUUGGAAGUUCCAGUGGUCCAAUUCCACCAAUUCCACUCCCGCGCAUCACUCCGAAGUGUAUUGCAAUUUGUCGUCCCAAUUCAGGUUUAUAUACCGAAACACAUGAGGAAUACCAAGCUUACAUGAAUAAUUUGUUUGAGCUUCUCGUGUCCGACAAGCUAAAAGUCAAGAUCCACAAAUUAUAUCAACUGGAAGAAAUACAACAAGCCCAUAAGGACCUCGAACGUCGAGGUACUAUAGGUAAACUGCUAUUGAAACUGUGA